AAAGAACCCUGCGAUUGGUUGUUGCUAAGUGUUUAUUAUAGACAUCUCCGGCGAACUAGGGAAGGAGAAGAGGGAAACGAAACGAGAAAUCGAGAGACGGAAAAUGUCUCGUAUCUCCACAUUCUAUCUUCUCGCUUACAACUCCUUUCAGACCGUUGGAUGGACGCUUUCGUUAAUUAAGAUUUUGUACAAUCUUAUCGCCACUGCCUCCGUCAACGGAACCUAUGCUUCCGCCGGCAACUUGAUUUGUUUUCUGCAAUGUGCUGCAUUCUUGGAAGUUAUACACGGAGCCAUUGGUAUUGUGCCCAGCGGAGUUUUGCUUCCUCUUAUGCAAUGGGGAGGAAGGACCCACUUUGUGCUUGCCAUUGUUCGGAAACUUGAUGAGCUCCAGGAACUUCCUUCAGUUUUUAUCACUUUUCUUGCAUGGAGCAUGGGUGAGGUCAUUAGGUAUUCCCAUUAUGCUUUUAGUUGUUCGGGAAAUUGUCCUUCUUGGAUGACCUAUCUCAGGUACACCGCGUUUAUUCUGCUGUAUCCUUUGGGCGUGGGUCCUGGUGAAAUAUGGACAAUGUACCAGGCGCUUCCAAUUAUAAAGAAGAAGAAUCUCUAUGCAGAUUCCUUUUCAGGCCUCCCAUUUAGUUAUUAUGAUUUCCUUAAGGUUGUACUUGUAGCUUAUCCAUUCCUUUGGUUCAAACUUUACCUGCACAUGUUCAAGCAACGACGUGCGAAACUUUAUAAACGCCAUGACAAGAAAACUGCUUGAGGAGCUUUACAAAACUUUAUAGACACCAUUCUUGGUUAGUCAUGUUGGAGUGAUGAUUAAACUUCUGAUACAAUAUGUAUUUUGUUAAAAAAAUAAAUGACUUUCUUUGUGGCACUGGAGACAUUCAUUCUGAAAUUUAUUUAUUUCCUUUCCAAUUUUUUUCUUGACUGGAUUCUGGUGUCAAAUAAUGGAUUUGUUCCCUGUAAUAUGGUAGGAUUUGGAAGAGAAAACGAUUUGCAAUGUUUUUGCCUUCA